CCUACUCUCUAUGACUCUAUCUAUCUAUAUAGUCUUUUACCUUUUCUCAUACCUUACCUCUUUGUUCCUCUGUCUCCUACUCUGUUACGAGUUAUCUUUUUUACCAUUUCACCUUAUUUCCUUUUUCAUCAUCUCCCACUUCAUACCUCUUUCUUUUUCAACCUUUAUCAUUCAUUUACUCUCUCUCUCUCUCUCUCAUUCUUUCUCCUCCUUUUAUAUUGCUUCCAACCACCUGAAUAACACACUUCAAAGAAAAGAAACAAAACCUCUUGGUCAAUAACCUUCUACAUUCUAUCACUCAACACUUGUUUCAUCAAAACAAUGGAUCAUGAAUACCACUUCAAGAGGAACCAUGUACCAGCAUUUGGUAGCUGGGAUUGGAAUGAUAAUCUUCCAUUCACUCAAUGCUUUGAAUCUGCAAGACAAGGUGGUUUUCUACACUAUAGUUACUCUGAAAGUAAUGAAGAUCAAGAUCUUUAUGUUGCUGGUGAUUUGUAUGAUAAUCAUGUUGUUACUCCUGCAAUGAUUGUUGUUCCACGUAGAAGGGAAAAGGUACGUUCCCAACAUGAAAAGGAUGUGAAAAAGCAAAAUUGGGUGAGCCAUGUUGUGAAAGAACCACCAAGUCCCACUCCAAUGUCAAGACCAACACCAAAGCCUGUUGAUGAAGACUUGUACAAAAUUUCACCAGAUCUUCUUUAUGUCAAAACUAGGAAGAAGAGAGGGUUGUGUUUCUUUCAAAGUUGCUUCACUUGCAUUGCAUGAGUCAAGAAAAAAUUGAAAGGCCAAUAUUGUACAUAUAAAUGAUUAAAUGAAGGCAUUAUUAUUAAUUAGUAGAUAGAUACUCUCUUGGAUGAUAUUUUAUUUGAAAAUAUAAUAUUUAAGGACCAAGAAGAUUAUCAUAUAUAGACACAUGAUUAUUGUGCUAAGCUUUUGGAUUUUUUUUCUU